CAUAAUCCGCAAAAACAAUUCCCUUCUGUUUAUUUUGUGUAUAGAUAACCGACAACUCGCAACCGUGAUAGAUAUUAGAUGAUAAUAUGUAAAAUCACGCGCGCUAAUCGCUAUCGAAGUUUUAACAAAUCAGAAGCUAUACAAUUUAUACAUUCGAACGUGAUACCAUAACAAAAAAUGUAUGCUUUUGAUCGAACUAUAAGGAAAUUAUUGAAUAUCAAGUCAUUUCAGAAGAAUUGCACUCACUUAUACAAUAAGAAUGAAAAAUAUAUGUCCACAUCACGAAUACUACAAACAAAAAAUUUUCGGGAAAAAACUGAAUCAAUAUCAUUUACAGCUUUACGAGAAUCUGGAACUGAUAGUGACAUUUUUGGAUCAUUAAGUAAUAAAGUGGAAGUCAAUGAAAAGUUAGAUGAGUUGCCAUCUGAACCAGAUGACAAAAUAGAAUAUGAUAAAGAUGACGAAAAAAAAAGAUUAUAUAUAACUGAGUAUCAUAAGAUUAUUCAAGAACUAAUUAGCCAACAUAAGAUUGCUGAAGCAAUUGAUGUUCUUGAAACAAGGAUGUUAAAGGAUGAAAAGGCAAAGCCAGAUUACUAUGUCUAUAAUUUACUGAUUGGUUCUUGUGGCAAAGUGGGAUAUGUUCAAAAAGCAUUUAGUCUAUUUAAUCAGAUGAAAAAAAUUGGUAUUAAAACUACAUCAGCUACAUAUACUUGUUUAUUCAAUGCUUGUGCUAAUUCGCCUUAUAAAAAUGACGCUUUGAAAAGGGCCAAAAAGUUACACAAUCUUAUGACUCUGAAAUGUAUAGAACCAAACAUAUUUAAUUAUCAUGCUAUGAUAAAAGCAUUUGGUAGAACUGGAGAUUUAUUAACAGCGUUUUCUUUGGUUGAUGAAAUGGUUACAAAAAAAUACAAACUGAAGGAUGAAACAUUUAAUUUUCUAUUACAAGCAUGCAUAUCCGACAAAAAAGCUGGUUUCAGACAUGCAUUACUUGUAUGGCGAAAAAUGGUUUCAAAAAAAGUUCGCCCAUCACUGUAUACCUACAAUCUUUUGUUAAAAUGUACAAGGGAAUGUGAACUUGGUGAUGAAUUUGAAACACGUAAAUUAAUUGGCGAAAUAGUUAACGAUCCUCAUUUGCUAACAUUGCAAGCCCAACUUCAAGAACCCAGUGAAGUAAAAGAAGACAAUGCCUCUACAGUUAAAAACUUGAUAUGUAAUGAUAAAAAUAGUUUAACCAGAAUGGAAAAUAGACCAAAUCUCUUGGAUGUCUGUCCAUAUUUUGGUAAUAUUGUCAGUAUAAGCGAAAUAAAAAAUUCAGCAGAUAGAUUAAUGUUGUUGGGCGGAUGUUCGGGUUUUUUAUCAAAUAUGAAACUCAAUAAAGUAAAACCCGAUAUCAAAAUAUUCACUCAACUCUUGGAGUCUAUUCCAUCUACGCUGUCUGCCGAACAAAACUUAUUAAAUGAAUUGUCUAAAAGUAAAGUUCGAUUUGACAUAGACUUUUGCAAUAUACUAAUAAAAAAGAGAAGCAUGAGAUGUGACUAUGAAGAAGCUAAGAAUGUAUUGAGUUUAAUAAAUUCAGAAGAUUUAAGUGUCGACAUAGUUACCUUUGGUGUUUUAGCUCUGGGCUGUAAAAAUAAAGCUGAAGCUAAAGAUCUAAUUAAAUCAAUGACCGAUCACGGCUUUCGCGUCAAUUCAGAAAUAUUAGGUACCAUGUUAGGACAAGGAUGUUUCCAUUUUAAUUUUGGAUACGUAAUUUUUAUGUUGAACAUGAUCAAGCACGAAGAAAUUAAACCCAACAAAAUGUUUAUGGAACGUUUAAAUAGCUUUGAAGAUAACAUCAGAGAUUUAAUGAGAAAACGUAAAAAUAAAGAUCCUGAUGCUCCAAAUUUCAUUCACAGUUACUACUUUAAAGAAGGAUGCAGAAAGUUUCAAAACUUUUAUCAUAAAUGGUUAUCGGAUAUAACUGUAGAAGAAAACCUACAUCCUUGGGAUCAAUUCCGUAAACAAAGAAAGGAAAAUUGUUAAUCAUGAAAAUAAAUUAUAAACAUAAUUUUUUUUAAAUUAGUACAAUUUUGCAAUUACAAAUGUAGUGGAUAAAUAUACUUUCUGGAUGAAUCAAAAUGUAUUAUAUAAUUUAUUUUUGUAUAAUAUAUAACAAUUAUGUAGUA